UAUCAAGCCUGAGGUGCGUCCCUUUGGCACAGCAUUCUAUUACUGAUGCAAAAACAGUGUCAUCUCACACACAGUUCUGAGACAGCAACUUGAAUGUAAUCUGGAACCAAACUAGAAUAUUGCAGAGGUGCAGGAAGAUGGUAGCUCUCUUGGGUUCAAACGGACAUGGAAACGGCUGACUUACUGGUCCCCUAACUUGAGUGUAUGGGUUAAGAAAAUGCUGACGCAGCUGAUAGUCAUUGUAUCAGCCUUUGUACAUGCAUGUUUUUUUCAAUUUUCUAGUGCACUUAUAAACUCCUAGGAGCUUUCAAAAUUAGAAGGAGGAAUUGGGGAAGUUUAGAAACUUAGCUAAUGCUGUAUUAGGUCAGGGAAUUCUUAACCUAUCAGAACUCCCACACACUGCACUUAGAGAAGAUACUCUCCUAAAUGUUAAAUGCAGGGAGAAAGGGAAGGCAGUCCCUCUCUGUGCGACAUUGGGGUUUUCACGCUCUUUCAGGCACGGCCGCGGCUCUCUGAGGCGGAGCAGCCCGGGACUGCGGUAGGACUACACCUCCCAUCAUGCCUGGCCGCGGGGAGCCGCCGCCAUUUCGCCGUUCUCCCUAACCGUUGAGCUCGGUCGGCUCCCCGUGCCCCGCCGUCGCUAUGAGCCGCCUCAGCGGCGGUUGGGAUGGCGCCAGCGGGGAAGCUCAGCUCCUCCUGGACCUGUGCGUUCAGUAUUUGACAAAGAACCUUUCCAGAUACACUGCAGAUAUCAAGAUGUUGCCACCUAACAUUAAGGAUAAACUAAUUAAAUUAAUGAGUAGACAAGGGCAAAUAACAGAUUCAAACAUCAGUGAGGUAUUGCACCCUGCUGUAGAGUCUUUAGACCUCCGAGAAUGUGAUAUUUCAGAUAAUGCAUUAUUGCAGCUUUAUAACUGCAAGCAAUUGAAAAAAAUCAACUUAAACUCCUGCAAAGAAAACAGAUUGGGGAUCACUUCAGAAGGUGUCAUAGCCUUGGCCUUAUCCUGCCCUUAUUUGCGUGAAGCGUCUUUUAAAAGGUGCUGCAAUAUAAGUGACAGUGGAGUUCUUGCUCUUGCACUCAAUUGCCAGUUCUUACAAAUACUGAACUUGGGCAGCUGCUCAGGCAUCAUGGAUGCAUCUCUGCAGGCGCUAGGAGAAAACUGUAAAUUUCUUCACAGUGUGGACUUUUCAUCUACUCAGGUAACAGAUGAUGGUGUUAUAGCACUAGUGAAUGGAAUGUGUUCAAAGAAUUUAAAGGUAAUCUAUCAAAUCUAAUAACAAAUUAAUUACA